AUGCACGCGAGCCCCAGCCCCAGCACGCUCGACCUGAUGGUGCGCUCCGCUACGCGGAUAGCACUCGCAGCGCAGAACGCUGCGCCGCUUGAGCAGCCCGCCUGGUCGACUGAGCCUGCCUGGCGGCGGGACCUCCGCUCCACGCUGCAGCUUGAUGAGUCGGACUUGGAUCGCUCUGCGGACGUCGCCGUGGAUGGAGGUUGGCGGCGACUGGGUCUGUCCGUGCGUGGGAGGUUUGAGGACGACGCAUGGCUUGACGCUGGCGGCGCAGCAGGCUGGCGCGUGGCCUAUCACGGCACGGACGCCGGGCCGAAUGCGAUCCGCAGCAUCGUGCAGACAGGGCUCAGGGUGGGCGGACUCGGAUCCAACGGAGACCCGGCGAGGCCGAGGAGCGGCGACACGUUCGGCCGCGGCAUCUACGUGACGCCCAGCCUGAACAUGGGCGUGAUGUACGCCAGCCGCGGGGGGCGAGGCUUUGUGCGGACCGAGAGAGGCUGCUCGGUCCUGUGCGUCUUCUGCUGCGCUGUGCGGCCAGGGGGCUUCUCUGUCCACGAGCACAAGGGCGGCGAGGUGUGGACCAUCGGCACGGAGGCGGACUGCCGCGCCACCGGCAUCUGGUCGCGCAGCUUCUCGGAGGACGAGCAGGCCUUCAUGCGCGGGAGCGGGAAGGGGCCGCGGCGCCAGCAGGCGGAGAGGCUUGCGGCGGAGGAGGCGCAGCGAGAGGAGCAGCGGGCGGCGGCGGCGGCGCGCAAGGCCGCUCAGGCAGAGGCGGCGCGGCGCGAGAAGGAGGCUGCGGACAAGAGGGCGGAGGAGGAGAAGGCGAGGCGGCGCGCAAAGGCGGCGGAGGCAACGGCGGCCAAGAAGGAGGCCAAGGCGAAGAAGAAGGAGGCCAAGAAGGCGCCGCCUGCCUGCACGCUCGAGGAGGAGCGGAGGGCGAAGGCUGCGGCAGAGCUUCGCACACAGGAGGAGAGGGCGGCGCAGCUGGCUGCUGAGCAGGAGUCGGCGAGGGCGGAGCGGGAGGCGGCAGAGCUAGCGGGUGCGGCAGAGCGGGCGGCGUUGCGCGAGGAUGCGGAGCUGGCAGAGGCGUUGCGCCGGUCAGAGGUGGAUGCGGAGGAGGCGUUGGUGCGUCGGGUGUUGCGGUGCGAGGAGGCGGUGAGCAGCGAGUCGACCGGCGGCGGCGGGGACUUGCCGCGGCGUGUCGAGCGGCUGGAGGCGAGCCUCGGCGCGGCGACCGAGGGCAGCCUCGAGGAGCGGGUCGGCGCCAUCGAGCGCUUGAUCGGGUCAGAGGCGGGAGAGGCGGCGGAGCAGCAUCUGCCAGUCACCGAUCCGCUUGCUGCCGUCUCACUAUCGGACGCCGGCCUCGACACGGGGCGGCCGGCUGCCCCCGAGUCCACGAUGGGGGGAGAGACCACGUGUAUCGUGUGUUUCGCGAGAGUCAAGUCGCAUGCUGCGGUUCCGUGCGGGCACCUGUGUGCUUGCGGGCCAUGCUCUGAGCAGAUGCAAGAGUGCCCUUACUGCCGCGAGCCGGUGAUGAUGUGGAUGGUUCCGCGCGUCCGGUCUAGCUACGGCCUUUUAGCACUGCUAUAA